AAUGCCGUCGGUUUCGAAAACGGCGGCGAGCGCUUCUCCUCAAACCGAGAAACCAACCCACUAUACAUAUUUGAAGGAGUUCAGGACCGAGCAGUGCCCGCUGUUCCUGCAGCACAAAUGUACACAGCAUAGACCCUUUACCUGCUUUCACUGGCAUUUUCUGAACCAGCGAAGAAGACGACCGAUCAGAAGAAGAGAUGGAACUUUUAAUUAUAGCCCUGACGUAUAUUGCACGAAAUAUGAUGAAACUACGGGAAUAUGUCCUGAUGGAGACGACUGCCCUUAUUUACACCGGACCACUGGUGACACAGAACGCAAGUACCACUUACGCUACUACAAGACUGGUACCUGUAUCCAUGAGACGGACGCCCGUGGGCACUGCGUGAAAAACGGCCUGCACUGCGCCUUCGCCCACGGUCCUCACGACCUGCGACCGCCAGUUUACGACAUCAGAGAGAUCCAGGCGCAGGAGGCUUUGCAGAAUGGGCAGUUGGGAUCUGGAGAAGGCAUUCCUGACCUGCAGCCCGGAGUGCUGGCCAGCCAGGCCAUGAUAGAGAAGACACUGAGUGAAGACCCACGCUGGCAGGACACCAAUUUUGUUUUGGCCAAUUACAAAACAGAACAGUGUACUAAGCCUCCACGCUUAUGCAGACAGGGCUAUGCCUGUCCACAUUACCACAACAGCCGAGAUAGAAGAAGAAAUCCUCGCAAGUUCAAAUACAGGUCGACACCCUGCCCAAGUGUGAAACAUGGAGAUGAAUGGGGAGAGCCUUCAAAGUGUGAGAGUGGAGACAGCUGCCAGUACUGUCACUCCCGCACUGAACAGCAGUUUCACCCAGAAAUUUACAAAUCCACAAAAUGCAAUGACAUGAGGCAGACUGGGUAUUGUCCCAGGGGGCCGUUCUGUGCAUUUGCACAUGUGGAAAGAAUUCCUUCCACAGAGGAGAGCAUGAGUUCUCUGGUCCCAGGAGUGCAGGGCGGAUCUCAGUCCAAGUUGGGCUCUCAGCAGUAUCCUGAGUGUCCGGUCGGCGAAUGGACUGGCAACGCUAAUUCCAUCACCAGCAACGCAAGCAACAACGGCCAAGCAGGAAACGUGUCAUGCUCUAGUAGUCCAACCGUAACACCCAGCUCAGGAAGCAGUUCAUUGUCCCCUAUCGGACCCAUCGGCAGGCCUAAAUGCUUUACUAAUGGUAGCUUAUGUUCAGAGUCCACCACGUCCAGUGUUUCCUCUCCGACCUCUAACUAUCCCAAAGCUCCAGGCUUUGAACGUGAGGAUCAGGCUAAGAACCAGAAAGGCCAGUCUGGAGAAAGUAAUCAAAAAUUAACGGACCAAGACAAACAGACCCAUAGUAGUGUGUUCUCUGUGGUGAACCCACUGGCUUCCAGUAUAACGUCUAGCAUCACAUCCAGUUUGGCCUCCAGUAUUGGCUCAGACAGCUCUUCACCCACCACCUUAUCAACAAUGAAUGCAAAAGCCACCCCUUUCUAUCCAGGGAGCAAUACCGUGGAGUCAGUAAUAGGAUCUGCCCUUGAUCUGAAUUUUAGUGACAUCAAUGUUGCCUCUCUUGACAAAGAUCUAGAGGACCAAGACAACAAUGGCUUUGGUUUAUCAAGUCAAAGAAUAUUAGGGGGCUCUGCGCCUGUCAACAUUCCUGGCUCUCUGGCCCGGUCUUCCUCCCUGCAUUCCUCCUCCUCGCUCUCGGCCUCCCCCCUCAGCUCCCUGUCUCAAUCCCUCUCCCAGUCCCUCCUGACCGGGAUGGCCUCCCAGCAGAGCCAGCCGGGGGCCCAGUCCGUCAAAACUGAGCACGGCCUUCUGGGAACGCCAACAUCCACCCAGAGCUCUUUAGGUUUGAAUGGUGGAGCUGGAAGCAUAUGGGAUUUUGUAAGUGGCAGCUUUUCCCCCAGUCCAUCUCCAGUGUUCAGUAGCUUCAGCUCCACUACGGUGAGCUCCAGCAGCGCUGACAUUGGCCGGCUCCUGCGUGAGCUGGAGGAGGCCAAGAGGAAGAUAAAGCAGUGGGAAGAUGCCUGGCACCAGGUCAAACAGGCAUGCGAGGCCUGGCAAAAAGACGCCCACGAUGCGAAAGAACAAGCGAAGUCAGCGGAGGCCGAGCGUCAGCUCGCCGAGCAGAAGCGGGAGGACACGGAGCGCAGGCUGAAGGAGCUGCAGGGAGACUUUGACGUGCUCUGUCGCUCCCCUAACACUCCUCUACUGCGCAGCUACGGAGAGCUGGACCAGCUCCCCCUGCCAAAGCUUCACUCUAUCCAGAGCCAACUGCGCACUGACCUAGACCUAAUAGAUGGGGUAAGGAGGGCCAGAUUCCAAAAUACUCAUCAGUAAUGACACAUCUACACACUUUUUUAAUUAUGGCUGCACAAAGUCGUUUGUCAUUUCGGGCAGCUCGUUUGGCGUUGUGUUUUGCAUGUCGAGAAUCAGAAGUGAGAAUUCGGUCUUGUUAAUGGUGCAGAAGGAUGAUUUAACAAAAUGUAACUAUAUGUGCAAAUUUUGCAUGAAACACUGCAUGAAAUGAUUUUGACUGCUUUGUGGUUUUUACUCAUGUUUAAUUCUUCUGUUUCUUUUUUUCUUUUUUUUUUAUGGUUUUUUUUUUCCAACACAGGUAAUAUAUCAGCUUCAGUCAAAGAAAUGUAUAGUUUGCCAAAAGCAUGAUCGUUGCAUUGUCCUUC